UGACAAUUAAAAAUCAGCUGAUUUAUUUAUAAAACAAUGCGAUAAGUAUCGGUUAUUUCCAGUAUUUAUGGGUAACAACCGAUUAUUACUAGCGAUAAAGCUGCCCUGUUAGUAUCUGUUGCGUAAUUACUAGCAAAUUUCUGUAAAUACAACUUUAACAAUGUCUCUGGAAAGUAAAUAUAACCUCAAAAGCCCAGGCGUCAAGCGGCUCAUGAGAGAAGCCAUCGAACUGGCCAAUCCCACCGAAGAAUAUUACGCUUGCCCUUUGGAAGACAACCUAUUUGAAUGGCAUUUCACCGUGCGAGGGCCCCCCGGUAGCGAUUUCGAAAACGGCUAUUAUCACGGUAGAAUUUUAUUACCAUCGCAAUAUCCCAUGCAACCCCCUAACAUCAUCCUUUUAACGCCGAAUGGAAGGUUCGAAGUGAACAAAAAAAUCUGCCUGUCCAUAUCCGGGCAUCAUCCGGAAAGCUGGCAGCCCUCCUGGUCCAUUCGAACAGCCCUUCUGGCUCUCAUAGCCUUCAUGCCGACGCCCGCGGCUGGUACAAUAGGAUCCUUGGACUACACGCCCGAAGAAAGGCAAAUCCUGGCGAAGAAGUCCAAGAAUUGGGUGUGUUCGACUUGCGGGAGGAUAUCGGAGAAACUGAGCACGGGCCAGGAGGGGCCGGAAUUAACGAAGGAAGAGUCCAGUUUAAUCAAACAGAUCGCUUUGAAGGCUGAGGAAGAUGCGAAUAAGAAGGAGCCGCAGAGGAAUGUAGAGGCUAGCGGUGAAGAAAGACAAUCAAAUGAAACCGGUGAAGUUAGAAGGAGGAUAGUCGAUGGGGAAACGGAAGGUGUUAGUUCGAAUGAUGCGGGUGUUAGGGAGAAUUUGAAUCAGUCGAAUAGCAAGGAUACACUGUGGAAAAUCGUGAUGUGGUUAAUUAUUGCAAUGAUAUCGUUUCUUGUCACAAGAAGAUUAUUUUUCUUGUAAACCUUUUGGGAUUGUGUGAGUUUUAGUGAUAUAUUUUUUUUUCAAACCAAAAUAAAGACGAUAGAGUAAUUAUUUAGAGUUUGAAACUUUUUUAAUACACUUUUUACACGAUAAUUGAUUUUUAAAAGGUUUUUUUUUACAUUACAUACCAGUGUAAUAAAAGUGUACAUAAAAUAUGUUGAAUUCCUAAUUGCAUUUACAUAUUUAGAGUAUUAUUUUCACCAAAUAUAUAUUUAUG